GCCCGAGCAACGAGGAUAACGCCAAGCUAAUAACAUACUUGGACCCCUAGUUUGUUUCUCGAGUUGGGCCUUUUAGUUUGACUCCAAAUUGGCUUCCGAAUACCCCUUGUCUAGAGUAUACAUUAGCAUCAAAUGUUUAUUAAUAAAUACUCCGUAAUACAAAAAUUUGUUCAAUUAAAUUUAAAACAAAUCUUAUCCAGUCCUAAAUAAUCCACAUUCUUUCCCAUGUCCCCCAGUUCCAUAGCUUAUCCAUCUCAGAAGCAGCUCUUCAUCCUCUCACAUUGUCUUCGAAUGGCUUCACUCGCUCAGCAAAUUGGGGUGCUAAAAUGCCCGUAUUUCUCGAACCCAAGAGCCGGUGGCUCCUCCAAGAAAUUCGCCCACAUCCAUUGCUACACGAAGAAUCUAAGCGUAGUCUGCCAAGCAGCGGCGGCGUUAAGCAAUGCCCAGACAAGAGAGCAACAGGAUCUCAAAGAGAUGUUUGAAGAAGCCUACGAGCGGUGCAGCACCGCUCCCAUGGAAGGCGUCUCCUUCACCAUGGAAGACUUCCAAGCUGCUCUGGAUAAGUACGAUGUCGAUUGCGAAAUCGGUAGUAAGAUAAAAGGUACAGUAACUAGGGUUCUCGCACAUGGAGCUUUUGUUGAUGUCAACACCAAAUCACCGGCAUUCUUGCCUCUUAUAGAGGCAUGCAUCCACCCCAUCAAGAAGGUAGAAGAGGCUGGCAUAAUUCCUGGCUUACAAGAGGAAUUUGUGGUUAUUGGGAAAUAUGAAGCUAAUGAUAGUUUGAUUUUGAGUUUGCGCUCCCUCCAAUAUGACAUUGCAUGGGAACGAUGUUGGCAGCUUCAAAAUGAAGAUGUAAUUGUCAAUGGAAAGGUGGUUGGUGCAAACAGGGGUGGUGUCAUGGCAAUGGUUGAAGGCCUUCGUGCAUUUGUUCCAUUCUCACAGAUGUCAACCAAAUCCACGGACGAUGAGCUUUUGGGUAAGGAGAUUCCUCUAAAGUUUGUUGAGGUUGAUGAGGAGGAGUCUAGACUUGUGCUCAGUAACCGCCAAGCGACCAUUGAUGGCCAGGUGCAGUUUGGAGUUGGAUCAGUUGUGGUGGGAACGGUUCAGGACGUGAAGCCAUAUGGCGCUUUCAUUGAUUUAGGAGGGAUUAAUGGGCUUCUACAUGUUAGCCAGAUCAGUCAUGAUCGGGUUUCAGAUAUUGCAACAGUGCUUCAACCGGGCGACACGCUAAAGGUCAUGGUUCUCAGCCAUGACCGUGAUAGGGGCCGUGUGAGUCUCUCUACGAAGAAGCUGGAGCCUACACCUGGUGACAUGAUUCGUAAUCCUACCCUCGUUUUUGAGAAGGCCGAGGAGAUGGCUCAAACAUUCAGGCAAAGAAUUGCUCAAGCCGAAGCAUUGGCUCGUGCAGAUAUACUAAGAUUCCAACCCGAGAGUGGAUUGAGUCUGAGCUCUGAUGGGGUUUUAGGCCCAUUGGGCCCCAACUUCCCUGCAGAUGGAUUGGAUCUGAGCAGCAUUCCUCUUGCUGAAGAAUCAUUUGAUUCGAAUGAAAUCCCCCCUGCUGAAGAAUCAUUCGAUUUGAAUGAAAUUCUCCGUUCCGAAGAUUCAUUGUUUUGAGCACACAUCAAUUGUUUUAUGUGACAGGUAAGUGCAGCAUGUGCGCUGUUGUUGGUAUGGACGGCAAUGUACGAAGUCGGUAGCUGCCCCUGCCCGGCAGUCUGCCUCGGCCAGGGCCGGCCCUAUCAUUUUAUGGGCCUGAGGCCAAUUUAAAAAAUUUGACUUUUCUUGUACUUCCUCUCUCCAUACGUUCACUAUUCACAGAAUCAAACUUUAUUCACUUUGUUGGCCUAUUUUCAUUACCCAUUUGAUAAAAUAAUAUAGUCAUGUCACCUCU